AUGGAGCUGAUCGAGAGCGGGCUGGCAGAGAUGGAGAUCUACUUGGGCGCCGAGUCCAGCGCAAAGACGAGGUCGACGAAGAAGAACAUCACAAAGCCGCGGCGAUUUGGCCUGACGCGCACCGGGAUGCCCAAGACACCUCAGAUCCGGAAGACGGAUGAGCACAGAGGGGAGGUGCAGGAGCCGGCUCCUCCUACAGAGGAGAAGCGGGCGCUGGAGCCGGCUCCUCCUACAGAGGAGCAGGAGGAGGAUGACGCAGCUCCUCCUAAAGAGGAGCAAGAGGUUGAGGACUACCGCAAAUACUGGGAGAGGUGUUUCGGCCGCCGCCACGGCUCCUACGACGCCGAAACUUCUCUUCCUCCCAUGUACUGUGCAACAGGAACCAUCCCACCAGAUGCUCUCCCGGAUAGUUCCUUGCAGUUCUUCUCCAUCAAAGUUGCCGACCUAUCUGGUCUGAGCUGGCCACUUCAGGUUCAUGGCUUUGUUGCUGCCAGGGACUCAGUAGAUCGUAGGCGCAACUAUCUCUUCAGAUGCUCCAGGGAUAACUGCCAAACACUCACUGAAAAGGAUCCAUUCUUGCGUUUAACGGGCCCGUCUCGCGCGGUUCUGAUGAUUGACCCGGUUGCGAUAGAGGUUCAGCUAAAAGUAAAGACUACAGAAGAGUCUGAAGAUGAUGAAGUUUUGGCUCUCGCUUGUUUUAAGUUCCGUGAAACUUAUCCUUUGAUAGAUGGUCUCCGUGCAUGUAUCCCCCGCCAGCGCUGCAUGCUUGAGUUUGCUUUGGCGGUGCUGGGUAGUUCGUUGGAGUCCACCGUGGCUGUCCGACUCGUUGAUGGGUCGUGGCCGGAUCAGUGUGCAGGGCUGAUUGUUUGCAACACCGACAAAGUAAAAGAAGGGAGGAUGGUGCUGCUUGAUUUUAAGGAUGGAAAGCUGCCAACCAAGUCAGAUGGUACAGUCGAGCUCUCGAGGCGUAUUGUUUCUGUCAGUUACCCAGCGGGGGAAUUGUUUGUUUCUGUGGAGGCCUCUCAGUACGGGUUUUCUGCACAAGAUACAGUCAACUUCGGGAUGAAACUGUCAGGCACAAGUACUUGCACAUGUGAUCUCGUUUUCUGCAAGAUGGAAGUGACUGUUACUUGGUCUCUUGUUUCUAUCUAUCGGGUGGAGAUCCCGCCGGCGGCGCCUUGGAGGAGGUGGGGCUGGUGGCGGGUGGUUUGGUGUCGGGCGGCCUUCUCCGGCGGUGGAGCUCCUGGGGGCUCGUCGUCGUCGCGCUCGACUUGCGGGGGCUCGAGGCCCGGCGUGGUGCUUGAGUCCUUCGGCUUCCCGCCGGAUUCGUGGCUGGCGGCGGAUCUGGCGGCCGGAUCUCAGGGCUGGGCAUCCGCGGUGGCUCCUGUCUGCGUCGACGGCGAAGACGGCUACGGCAAGGUGGAGUAG